AUGGGUCUAACGGCAUUCCUGGUGAAUGCGGGAAACGCACACGGAACAUGGCCAACUCCACGAUAUCAUUCAUUGCUGCUUUUGCUUUUGUUCUGCGCUGCGUGGACGGUCUUCUUCAGCUCUGCUUACAUCCUUUGGCUGGCGGACAACAAGCAACAUAUACUGGCCAACGUAGCCAGCUCAAUCAUCUGGUUGGGUGUUACUCUUGUCCUAUGGGGGGUUGGUGCAGGAAUUUUACACUUCACAAGAGGUGGAGGCAAUUGCCCCAAUUCUGCCCCGAUCUCUCGGUGUAGGCAGUCGUUGACCGUUGAGAGCUUAGCAUGGGUGGAGACAGGGGUCGUAUUUCUAACUCUUUGCUGGACGAUCACUACGACCAUUGUGAGACGAGAUACUCUAGACUCGCGGAGGAUAGUCUAG